UCAUCUAAUAAUCCUGUAAGAAAAACAAUGGCUGAAGGAGCUUUGUUCCACCUUGCAGAAAAAGUCCUUGAACUGCUGCGUUCCUUAACCCUCCAAGAGGUCAAACUGGCCUCUAGUGUCAAAACAGAGAUUGAAAAACUAACAAACACAGUUUCCACAAUCCAAGCAGUGAUUCUAGAUGCAGAAAAGCAGAGUUCUCAAGACCAUCAGAUCAAAGAUUGGCUCAAAAAGCUUAAGGAUGUUCUCCAUGAUGCAGAUGACUUGCUGGAUGAUUUCUCCACUGAUGUUUUGCGACAGAUAGUGAUGACAAAGAAGGUACGCAUUUUCUGUUCAAGUUCUAACCGGCUUACUUUUAGUCCUAAGAUGGGUCAUGAAAUAAAAGCAAUUAGGGAGAGUCUAAAUGCCAUUGCAGAAGUUAAGGAGGAUUUUCAUUUUAGUCAAAACUUCGUUGAGCCACAAGUCAUGAACAGGGAAAGGAGAACUUAUUCUUUUGUAUUUGAAGAAGUUGUUGGGAGAGAGAAUGAUAAGGAAGUGAUUAUAGAACGUCUUUUUAAUGAUAAUGUUGUAGAGAAUAUUUCUAUCUUUCCAAUAGUUGGCAUUGGAGGAUUGGGGAAGAUAAGUAGACAACUUUAGCUCAGCUAGUAUAUAGUGAUGAAAAUGUGGACAAAAAUUUUGAGCUAAAGCUAUGGAUUUGUAUCUCUGAUAUCUUUGAUGUAAAACGAAUUGUUAAAGAAAGUUUAGAACAGUUGACAAAGAGGAAGCAUGAAGGAAGCCUUGAGAUCUUGGAAAAACAGUUUUGAGAAGGAUUCAAUGGAAAAAAAAAAAAAUACUUGCUUGUCUUGGACAAAUUGUGGAUUGAGGAUAAAAAGAAAUGGCUUCUCUUGAGAAAUUUGCUAAUGGUUGGUGCAAGGGGAAGUAGGAUAAUUGUGACCACACGCUCAAAAAGGGUAGCAUGGAUAAUAGGGUCAAUUUCAUGGUAUGCUCUAAAAGGCCUACCUAUAGAAAAGAGUUGGAGCUUGUUUGUAAAAAUGGCAUUUGAACAAGGCCAACUGCUAGAACACCAAGCCUUUAUAAGCAUAGGAAAAGAGAUUGUGGAAAAGUGUGGUGGGGUACCUCUCAUCGUAAGGACAAUAGCAAGCUUGCUACGUUCCAAACCUUCAGAAAAUGAAUGGCAAUUCUACAAAAAACUAUGAACUCUCAAAAAUAACACAACAAGAAGAAUAUGAUAUUUCAUUAACACUUAAGUUGAGUUAUGAUCAUCUACCAUCACACUUAAAACAAUGAUUUGCUUAUUGUAAAUUGUUUCCAAAAGAUUCCGAAAUUGAUGUAAAAACACUUAUUCAUCUUUGGGCAGCACAAGGUUUUAUUAAAUUAUCAAAUUCAAAGCAACGUAUUGAGGAUGUUGGCAAAGAGUAUUUUAUGGUAUUACUUUGGAGGUCUUUUUUUCAAGAUGUAAUAAAAGAUGAAUUGGGCAAUAUAGUAUUUUGCAAAAUGCACGAUCUCAUGCAUGAUCUAGCAAAUCUUGUGGUUGGGGCAGAAAGUACCAUGUUAACUUUAAGUGAGGAAAAUAUUGAUAAAAAUCUUCGUCAUGUAUCAUUUGAUCUUAGGUAUUAAUUGAGGCAAUUCCCAAUCCCCAUGGUUAAAGGAAUGAAAAUACGAACAAUUCUUGGAGCUAGUGUAGGGCAAGAGUUGGGUAAAUUAACUUGUGAUGCACUCAUUUCAAAUCUCAAUUAUUUACGCACAUUAGAUUUGAGUAAAUUAAAGCUAUGUAUAGUGCCAAAUUCAAUUGGAGAAUUAAAACAUUUACGAUAUCUUGAUCUUUCUGAAAAUGAAGAUAUUGAAUUUCUCCCUAAUUCCAUUACUAAACUGUUGAAUUUGCAAACAUUAAAACUCAAGUACUGUAAGUCGCUUAGAGAAUUACUGAGGGAAAUUAAAAAUUUUGUCAAUCUUAGGCAUCUAGAUAUUUUUGAAUGUCAAAGACUGACUCAUAUACCCCUUGGACUUGAACUUUGUACUUCUCUUGAGAUACUAUCACUUUUUGUUGUAAGCAAGGCUGAGUGUAGUGGUGGAUUGAGUGAAUUGAAGGAGUUAAGUAAUUUGGGAGGAAGCCUAAGUAUUAACAAUUUGGGACAUGGAAAAGAUGACAUGCUGGAGCUGGAAUGUAAAGCUGCAAAACUGAAGGAGAAACAACAACUUCAACAAUUGAAAUUAUGGUGGGACUCAAGCUGGGCCGAAAAUAAUGUAAGUUAUGAUGAAAUGUCACUAGAAAAGCUCCAACCACAUCCAAAUCUUAAAGCUUUGAAGUUGUGGUUUUAUAUGGGUGUGAUAAUUCCAAGUUGGGUUUCUUCGCUCACUAAUAUUGUCGAUUUGGAAUUCUAUAGAAACAGAAACUUGCAACACCUCCCACCAUUAAAUCAACUACCUUUUCUAAAGUCCGUCAUCCUUAAGUAUAUGGAAGCACUUGAAUACAUAUCAAAAGAUUCCAUUCGUAAAGCACUUGGUUCCUCAAAAACAACAUUCUUCCAUCCUUAUCUUCUCUCAUAAUGUAUGAAUGCCCAAAUUUGAAGGGUUGUGGAGGAAAGUUGAUGGUAAUGAGCCAGGCCAUCUUUUACUACCCUCAUUUCCUCGUCUUUCUUUUUUAAAGAUUACCGAAUGCCCUCACAUGUGUUCUGUAAGGUUGAAUUUAAUUAACCAUCUUAUUGGUUUUAUUCUGUGCCAAAUUUGCUUGUAUUUCAGCAUUUAGUAACCCUGUAUUUAGGUGGGUUUUGUUGUAAGGGUAGUGAGUGAAAUAGAGUGUUGAAUGCUCAAGAGUGUGCAAGAAAACAGAGACUCGCGGCUUGAUCUCGUGGGUGACUCGCGGCUUCAAGCCGCCAGAUGCAGCACACGUGCCAAGCAUGCCAGAAGGUGAACAGUCAUGCUAGCCGGAGCACUACAGGACAAAACAGGACAACUGGCCAUACGGUUAUCUCGCGACUGGAUCUCUGACUCAGUCAAGUCACGAGGCCAAGCCGUGAGCCAUCCCUGUUUUGAAAAACCUGACGUUUCACAUUCUCCUCUCACCCCAGUAUAAAUACCCCUUAUACCCACAUAUGAAAGAGAGCUUCCAGAGAGAAUUUUGAGAGAGAAACCCUAGAGUAAAACAAGAUUUAUUCAUCUACAAUCUUUACAUAAGAGUCUCUUCAAAUUCCUCAACUCUCUUCUUCUCCAUUGUCAAACCCUUGAGAGGCAUUUUACCAAAACCUUGUUCUCACCAUAUUCAUUACUGUGAGAGGGCUGUUUGGUGUUCUGGGAAGCAGUUAGGAAGAAAACAAUCUACAUUGGUUGAUACUAUGGUCAAGUAGCGGAAUCCGGGAAGUUAGAAAAGAAAAAGGUUCGGCGCAACCUCGUUGGAGCAAGAAGCUUGGAGGGCGACGGAGAGAUUUUACGUCGAGGGCUUUGGUUUCCUCUUCGAUAACACAUCGCGUGUUGUCUUUGUUUUUGCAUCUUCCUUUCCUUUUAUCUUUGCCUUUUAUUAUCUGUUGUGGGUUAUGAUUUUAAUUUGGCUUAAAUAGUUUCUCCAAUUCUAUAUUAUAGCUUUUGUUCAUUUUCCGCACACUAGUUGUUUGACAUAAAGCUUGAAUUGGUUAAUUUGUAAAUUGGGGGUCUAAACCUUCAAGAGUGUUUUUACACUAUUUGAACUUUCAUAUUCCAUGCCCCUGUUUCCAUAUCUCAAAGAAGGGCUUGUAUUAGAUACAACUAGCUUGAAGGCAUUUCAGCAGACAAUGAAUAUGGGAGCAACACAGAGUCCAUCAAGAACAGCAACGACAUCAACAGCCGCAACAUUAGAAGAGGUUAACGAUUUAGAAUCUCUUCUAGAGGAGAAGUGUUUAGAAACCUCGUUUCUCUCCGAAAACUCUUCAUUUACAACUGUAAUGGACUCAGGUCUCUCCCUUGUAAAGGUAUUCAACAUCUCACCUCACUUCAAGAGAUGGAAAUCAUGUACUGCAAUGAGCUUGCGCUACUAAACGAUGAAGAUGAUGGCAUGCAAUGGCAAGGCCUUAGGAGCCUCCGUUUUCUUCAUUUAGAGAGAAUUCCAAAAUUUGUGUCUCUGCCAAAUGGGCUUCAACAUGUUACCACUCUAAAAUAUCUCAAAAUUAUUAAUUGUCCUAAUUUGAUGGCUUUACCAGCAUGGAUAGGCAACCUCACAUCACUAACAAAAGUUGAAAUUGACAAAUGUCCGGAAUUAACAUCACUGCCUCAAGGGAUUCACAAUCUCACUGUCUUACAAGAAAUAAUAAUUACUGAGUGUCCCCUCUUACAACAAAGAUGCCAGAGGCAAACGGGAGAAGAUUGGCCCAACAUUGCUCAUGUCCCAUAUGUGUAUGUGGAUAAUAAAGCAACACAAAACUUCUUAAGGAACUUUUUAUUUUCCAAUGGUUGAAUCUUUUGGACCUAGUUGCACCUUCUACUGCUGCAGCCUCUACCUCAUCUCCAAAUACAUCAGAGUCUCUGAUGCUUCAAUUUUUAUGUGGCUGGUUCUUAACAUUUGGUUGUGCUGUCUCUACGAAAAUUGGGCAACAAUGCAAAGGGGGCCAGCACACACAGGGUAUGGAGGAUUGUGUGAUGGAUGAAUGAAGUGUAUAAAGUUUUUAGGCCAAAGAGAAGCAGUUUGAUUAAAUGUCCCAAAAGUGGAGUAAUUUGCUGCAAAGUGAUGCAGAGGUAAAAGAAAAUUCUGGCCAUUUAAUUAUUCUUACCUUAUCAUUUUUGUGCUAAUUGCCAAAAGAUUAUGUAGGAACCAAUAUCAACAAUUUUCCUCUAGAUCAUCUAGAUAGUGAAUUAAAUACAAUAUGCCUCUCAUGAAUCUAUUUCUGAUGGACGUAAGACAAAAUAGAUUCUUGUUCUUCAAUUGUUUUCCUUGUUGUAAGACUGUUGCAUUGUAGGGAAGAUA